AUGAAGGCCCAGGAAGCUGUCGCAGAAAACGUCAUCCACCUCGAGAAGGAAAAUCACAGGCUGAUGAUGGAGAAAGAAAUCUUAGCGAACGAGAGCGAGAAAAUUCAUCAGCUGAUGAUGUUCGAGAAAGAAAUUUUAGCGAACAAGACCGAGGAGAAUCACCAACUGAUGAUGGAGAAAGAAAUCUUAGCGAACGAGACCGAGGUGCUGACCCGAGACAGAGAUGAUCUCAACAGGACGCUCGGAGUCAUCAUGACGUUCGAAAACUUCCCAGUCGAUACAUUCUGCCCAGACAAAAAGUGUACUCCAUGCUUGGAGAGUUGGAUUCCGUUCCAGGAUCACUGCUACCUGUUUUGGGACCAACCCGCUCCCUGGAAGACAUGGACACAAGCACGAGCAUUUUGUCAAAACACUAACGCAGACCUGGUUGUUGUCGACAGUUUACAUGAGCAGGAAUUCAUCAAUAAGCACACCAAGUACUACUUCGACCUUCAUCAUGCAUACUGGAUGGGAUUGCGUAAAAAUGAGGACAACAACUGGAUCUGGCUUGAUGGACGCAAUGAGACUUUGGGGUUCUGGAUUCAGGAGAGAGUCAAAGACCCUGGUGGAUAUGCGAUGACAUAUCCUGGGCAUAAUGCGACAGCCAGCUGGGGCCCAGCAUGGGAAGGAUUUCUGAACAAACUCAUCUGUGAGCAUGAAGCCCUCAUCAGGACUCCAGUUCGUUAG